AUGGUAAAGAUAUUUGUAACAACAACUAACAAGGACAUCACUGCACAAAUAGUAUCAGCCAGUAUUGUUGGUGAUUCAGUUCUUGCUUCAGCAUAUGCCCAUGAAUUGCCUCAUUUUGGGCUUGAAGUAGGUCUUACAAACUAUGCUGCAGCUUAUUGCACUGGACUUCUCUUGGCCCGCCGUGUCUUGAAAAAGCUUGAGAUGGACGAUGAGUAUGAAGGAAAUGUGGAGGCUACUGGGGAGGAUUACUCUGUUGAACCAGGUGACAGCAGGAGGCCAUUCCGUGCUCUUCUUGAUGUUGGACUCAUUAGAACCACAACUGGAAACCGCGUUUUUGGUGCCCUGAAGGGAGCUUUGGACGGUGGUCUGGACAUUCCUCACAGUGACAAGAGGUUUGCUGGCUUCUCAAAGGACAGCAAGCAGCUUGAUGCUGAGGUUCACCGCAAGUAUAUUUAUGGUGGCCAUGUUGCUUCAUACAUGAAAACUUUGAUGGAAGACGAACCAGAGAAGUAUCAGUCUCACUUCAGUGAAUGCAUCAAGAGAGGAAUUGACGCUGAUGGCAUGGAGGCACUGUACAAGAAAGUGCAUGCUGCCAUUCGUGCAGAUCCUACUGCCAAGAAAUCAAACAAGCAGCCUCCCAAGGAACACAAGAGGUACAACUUGAAGAAACUCACAUACGAGGAAAGGAAGGCAAAAUUGAUCGAAAGACUGCAAGCCCUCAACUCAGCCGUUGACGACGAUGAGUGAAAAUCAUGGCCUAAUUUGAGCUAAAAUAUUGUGGCUGAGCCAAAUUGUUUUCUCAUGUUAUUUUUGUUCUUAUUUUUGCAUUUUUGCAGCUUGGAGAUUUCAUGUUAGAUGAUAACAAAGAUUUUGGAUAUUUUUUAGCUUGGUAUGAAAUGAAGUUUCA